GCAAUCAAAGUUCCCUGGAGAGCUUUGGAUGACCCCUGCCACUGGGAACCCAUGUCUUGACACCUGGGGAGGGAGGGGUUUCCAACAUGUCUACUUUGGAUAACUCUUACAGGCCAAGGUAUGUGCCCUAGUCCUGGUUUUCACACAAGCAGGCUCUCUGCAGAGGACUAGAGGGUGUAAUUGGAGAGAGGGAAGGGCAGCUGGCAGCAGGUAUCCUAUAGCUGUGGCACCCUUGAUGGUUUUCAUGGAGUGCUCUUGCUCAUCUAAGAAACGUCUAGGGAAAGUGGAUGUCUAGGGUGGCGUGUAAUCGUGGGACUGAGGGCUGCCAUCUCUGCUGUGUUUGCUUCUGCUGUGUUUGACAGAGAUAAAGAGCUGACACCGUGUCCUUGAACCUUCUCAGCAGAGGGACCCAUAGCCCCUGUUUUGCUUUUUGUGUUGGGCUUGUUGAGUUUAACCUGCCGCUGCCGCUGCCACUGACUUAAUUAUGGUCCAAAGCUGGGGUUGCAGUCAGAGCAGAGCAUCCACCCUGCCCGGGCUUUGCCAUGCAGAGACCCGCCUCUGAAGGAGAUCUGCUGUCCACAGUAACCCAGCCUUACAGAAGAGAACCUUGGAAGCAAAAUGCAGGGCAAGGACAGUGUCUCAAGGAGCAUUUUCAGACCACACUCCACAAAUGGGCAGAGAGGCCAGACUGGAAUAAACCUGUGGGGAGUUGUUUUAGUCUCUCUUAGAGAUUUUUUUGUGUUCCGAGUAAGGGGAGAAAGGAUGUCCAUCCAAGCAGGGAGGUGGCCUAGGCACCCCUUUGAAACUGUCGUCAUUGUCACACACUUUCAGCUAAAGGAGUGAGGGCAAGAAAAGGUUAACUUUCUUGUAUAAGAUUAAUUCAGCCAUCUCUGUGAAAUGGUGGAGGCAGAAUACCAUUAGACGCUAAUCUCAUUUCUCUCAUGCUGUCUUUCUUGGAGCCUAUCAAACGGUGUCCUGGCAGAGAGUCAACUCUGGAUGCUGAACAUCAGAGUCAGUCUCUUCCGAAUGUGCCAGAAGGGCUGUAAUUUAGAAAAUGUAGCUACCUUGUAAGGAAGGAUGAAAAGCUCUGUCUCAGAAGACCUAGGCUGUAGACGUGGGGAUUUCAGUAGGAAACAUUAUGGAUCUGUGGAGCUGCUCAUCUCCAGUGAUGCUGAUGGAGCCAUCCAGAGAGCAGGAAGAUUCCGGGUGGAAAACGGCUCUACAGACGAGAAUGCAGCUGCUCUGCCAGGCACUUGGCGAAGAACAGACGUGCACUUAGAAAACCCAGAGUACCACACCCGAUGGUAUUUCAAGUAUUUCUUAGGACAAGUCCAUCAGAACUACAUUGGAAACGAUGCGGAGAAGAGCCCCUUCUUCUUGUCUGUGACCCUUUCUGACCAGAACAACCAGCGUGUCCCUCAGUACCGUGCAAUUCUGUGGCGGAAAACAGGCACGCAAAAACUAUGCCUUCCCUACAGUCCCACAAAAACGCUGUCUGUGAAGUCCAUCUUAAGUGCCAUGAACCUGGACAAGUUUGAGAAAGGCCCCAGGGAAAUCUUCCAUCCCGAGAUACAAAAGGACUUGCUGGUUCUGGAAGAACAAGAGGGCUCUGUGAAUUUCAAAUUCGGAGUCCUUUUUGCCAAAGAUGGACAGCUCACAGACGACGAGAUGUUCAGCAAUGAAAUUGGAAGUGAAGCUUUUCAAAAAUUUUUGAAUCUCCUCGGUGACACCAUUACUCUAAAGGGCUGGACAGGCUACCGUGGCGGUCUGGACACCAAAAAUAACACCACAGGGAUCAACUCAGUCUAUACUGUGUACCAAGGGCAUGAGGUCAUGUUUCACGUUUCCACCAUGUUGCCGUAUUCCAAAGAGAACAGACAGCAGGUGGAAAGGAAGCGCCACAUUGGAAACGAUAUUGUCACCAUCGUGUUCCAGGAAGGAGAGGAAUCUUCUCCCGCCUUUAAGCCUUCCAUGAUCCGAUCCCAUUUCACACAUAUUUUUGCCUUAGUGAGGUAUGACCAGCAAAAUGACAAUUACAGGCUGAAAAUAUUUUCAGAAGAGAGUGUGCCACUUUUUGGGCCACCCCUGCCGUCCCCACCCGUGUUUACAGACCACCAGGAAUUCAGGGACUUUCUGCUUGUGAAAUUGAUUAAUGGUGAGAAAGCCACUUUGGAAACCCCAACCUUUGCCCAGAAACGCCGGCGUACUCUGGACAUGUUGAUUCGCUCCUUAUACCAGGAUUUGAUGCCAGACUUGCACAAGAACAUGCUCAAUCGACGGUCUUUCAGUGAUGUUUUACCCGAGUCCCCCAAGUCAGCACGGAAGAGAGAGGAGGCCCGCCAGGCCGAGUUCGUUAGAAUAGGGCAGGCACUGAAACUCAAGUCCAUUGUGAGAGGGGAUGCCCCAUCGAGCUUGGCAGCCUCAGGGAUGUGUAAAAAAGAGCCUUGGGAGCCCCAGUGUUUCUGCAGUAAUUUCCCUCACGAAGCCGUGUGUGCAGAUCCCUGGGGCCAGGCCUUGCUGGUUUCCACGGAUGCCGGCGUCUUGCUAGUGGAUGACGGCCUCCCGUCCGUGCCUGUGUUCGACAGAACUCUGCCCGUGAAGCAGAUGCACGUGCUGGAGGCCCUGGACCUUCUUGUCCUCCGAGCAGACAAAGGGAAAGAUGCCCGCCUGUUCGUCUUCCGGCUGAGUGCGGUGCAGAAAGGCCUUGAUGGCAGGCAGACUGGAAGGAGCAGAUCUGACUGCCGAGAAAACAAGCUGGAGAAAACCAAAGGAUGCCACCUGUAUGCUAUUAACACUCACCACAGCAAAGAACUGAGAAUCGUGGUUGCAAUUCGCAAUAAACUGCUUCUCAUCACAAGGAAACAACACAAGCCGAGUGGGGCGCCGGGUGCCUCGCUCCUGUCCCCUCUGUCGGAGUCACCUGUUGAGGAGUUCCAGUACAUCAGGGAAAUCUGUUUGUGUGACUCCCCAGCAGUGAUGACCUUAGUGGACGGGCCAAGCGAAGAGAGUGACAACCUCAUCUGUGUGGCCUAUCGGCAUCAGUUCGACGUGGUAAACGAGAGCACAGGAGAGGCCUUCAGGCUGCACCACGUGGAGGCCAGCAAGGUUAAUUUUGUCGCGGCUGUUGAUGUGUAUGAAGAUGGGGACGCCGGCCUGCUCCUAUGCUACAACUACAGUUGCAUCUAUAAAAAGGUUUGCCCCUUUAAUGGUGGCUCUUUUUUGCUUCAACCCUCGGCAUCGGAUUUCCAGUUCUGUUGGAACCAGGCUCCAUAUGCAAUUGUCUGCGCCUUCCCAUACCUCCUGGCCUUCACCACCGACUCCAUGGAGAUCCGCCUGGUGGUGAAUGGGAACCUGGUCCACACAGCAGUUGUGCCCCAGCUGCAGCUCGUGGCCUCCAGGUCAGACAUAUACUUCACCGCAGCCACGGCUGUGCAUGAGGGCUCAUCUGCCAGCAGCUCCAAGGGGGCCAGCGCCCACACGUCUCCUCAGACACCUCCAGCCCGGGAUACUCUGCUGUUUCCUUCUUCCCUGGGGGAAGGUGAAAUUCAGUCUAAAAAUCUGUACAGGAUUCCACUCAGAAACCUUGUGGGCAGAAGCAUUGAGCGGCCUCUGAAGUCGCCCCUGGUGUCCAAGGUCAUCACACCGCCCACCUCCAUCGGCCUUGGCGUCGCUGCCAUCCCUGUCACUCACUCCCUGUCCCUGUCGCGCAUGGAAAUUAAAGAAAUAGCAAGCAGGACCCGCAGGGAACUGCUAGGUCUCUCUGAUGAUGGUGGACCCAGGUCAGAUGGAGCAGCACCAAGGGCCAAAUCAAAAUCCCGGAAACGGUUAGAAGAAAGUCAAGGAGACCCCAAGCCAGAGGCUGUGAGGUCAGCUAGCAGUGACAGGAUCCCAUCCGGAGUUUUGGAAAGUCCUGCUUCUGAAGCCAGUGCUGAGGGCCAUAACCACUUGGCCAGCUCUGAUCAGGACCCCUCGGUGCUGGACAAGGAGGGCAGCUCAGGCCCAGGCAGCAGCCCCUUCCAGCUCAUGGCCUCCUCAGAGGAAGACAUCAUUGAUUUGAAAUAGUGCGUCUCGUUGGCCACCCUUAGUUUCCGUACGCAGGUUUAUACUGUCAGCAGCUCCAGCAUCCUGGCUCAACCAAGUGCGCCUUCAGCCGGGCCGCCAUCUACUGGACCAAACUCCCACACCCUCAGCCAGCUGGGUCACUCUCCGGCGGAGUCCAGUGCCAUCCUUCUUGACCCUUGUCUCUCCCAUUCAGGAACCGUCAAUCCCCUUGUAAUAAAGGUGGUAGAUUUCAUUGAGGUUUUAGAUCAAAACUUUGAAUAAAUCAGAAAUGUUCAUUCUUA